CCCGCUCAUUUGUUGUUCUUUUUUUAAUUGGAAAAUUAAGCAAAAGGAAAGACUAAAAAGAUAAGCAAUAUAAUGGAGGACUCCGUGGAUGGGGAUACCGGCGCCCGCAAGGAUCUCAUACUGGAUCGCAUUAACAAGCGCAACAAGGACAGGAAAAACUAUUUGGAUGUAAAGUUGGAGCAGCGCUCAAAAGAGACGAUCCAGAACGAGGGCGUGGACUUCUUUGCUCAGACGUUUGGCCAGCGUGCCUACGACAUAGAGAAGAGCAUCCUCAUGCUGGACAUGAACAGUGGGGAUGCACCGCUACCCGAUCUCAGCAAGAGGCUGCCAGAGAUUACUCUCCAGAUACAGGAACUGCAGCGUUAUCUAACCGCAUCGACGAUGUUUCUUUCGGAUUUCAAAAUCAAGUCUUGUCAGAAUAUGCUAAACGCCCUGACCAGCAGCAACGAUGAGGCCCGUCAGCGGCUAAUGCCCAAAAAGAAGUUUGGUUUCAGCGGCAAGAAGACGGCUCCCAAGCAAAAGUCGUUGCCGGUGGUCGUCGAUGGCGAACCACAGGACAAGAAGACACCAAAGAAGGAGCAGAGCGGCAGCAACUUCACCUGGACCAUUGCCAAUCGCAGGAAUGCUCAUAUUGUACUGAGCGCAGACGAAGUCAAUGGCCAGGAUAUAACCAUUUCCAACUUAAGUCAAUGCCUGGUGGAGCUACAGGGUCAUCCCGGCUCUGUGCAGGUCUCCAAGGCCAGUCAGUGCACCCUGCUGUGUGGGCCCGUGGCGCGUUCCUUCUUUGCCGAGCAACUGGAUCGCUGCACCGUGGCCAUAGCCUGUCAGCAGCUGCGCCUGCAUUCCUCCCAUUCCACACGCAUCUAUCUCCAUGUCACCUGUCGGGCCAUCAUCGAGGAUUGCAAGAAAAUCGAGAUUGGGGAGUUCAACUACGACUACCCGGAACUAGAGGCCGACUAUUCCGCUUCUGGACUGAACAAAUCCCAGAAUAACUACACGGAUGUGGCGGACUUCAACUGGCUGUCUCCGGAUGUGCAUUCGCCCAACUGGAGCCUGCUUAAGGAUCAUCCGGCGCCCAAUUGGAAUGCCCUGCGUCGCGAUUUCCUCAGUAAUAAUAAUAAUUACAAAGAUGAUAACGAAGAGAAGGAGAAGACCACGAUCAUAUAGUGGCGGCGUCGGCGGCUGCUCUGGACCGUUGUGGCCUAUGCCCUACUGCUGGGCUGGCUGCUGGUGGAGAUGCUGCUGCCGGUGCCGCUGGAGCCUCCGACUGGCACGCGCGUGUAAAUAGAUCUUAAGUGAAUUGAAUUAAUAUAUAUCUAACCCCGCCCUGUUUUUGGCAUGUA